CUCCGGAGCUGGUGGAGAUGCCAAGCAACAUAACAGUCUUGCUGGGUCAGUCUGCAACACUCACCUGCAGUGCCACUGGCACGCCUCACCCCAAGCUGGUCUGGCACUCCCGCAGGAACGGCAAAGUUCGCACCGACCACGAGCGAGGCGUGGUGGUAGAUGAGGGAGGCUUGAGGUGGGAAGCUGUGGGGAAGGAAGAUGAGGGAGCCUAUAAGUGUAUUGCCCGCAGCUCUGCUGGCUCCCAGCACUCACCCUGGGUCUAUCUCAAGGUGCUAGCUGAGACCCACAUCUCUGAGUACCCAGGUGGGUACAGCAUCAACUACGGCACUACACUCCUCAUGCAGUGUGUGGCGCUGGGAGACCCACUGCCGGAGAUAGAGUGGUUCAGGGAUGGAGAACCGCUUCCCAUGUACGAGUGGAAAAACGAGGUUUUACAUGGCAUCGAGUUCACCCCCUUCACAGAUUAUGCUCGAUCAGUUCUGACAGUGAACGCCACAUCUACCUCCAACUACACUUGCUCUGCUGACAAUGUUGUUCAAGGCAGAAGAACCUCAGACUCCAGAACAUUUACUGUCUCUGUAGUACAUCCUGUCAGUCCUGUACGACGACCACUGGGUUACUGUGCACCCUACAAUGGAAGAGUGUGUCGAGAACACCUAAGUGGUGCAGGACUAGUAUGGUACAACAUUACUGCAGCUGAUAAAGGAGGAUGGCUCAACGAACACAUUACCCGAGAACUCUGGGGUGAAAUGAUAAAUAAUUUUCGUGAGCCAUGUAGGACUGCAGCUGAGAAGAUUCUUUGCCAUUAUGCAUUCCCUGAAUGUCAGUUAGAAGAUGGCUAUCAAGUGGGCUUACCGUUAUGCCACGAAGACUGUGUGGCUGUACGGAGCCUCUUUUGUGUCAAUGAGUGGCUGCUGAUAGAGCAGAGUAAGCAGGAAAAUAUAGUGUUUAAGUCUCGAAGCCACUUUCGUCUGCCAAAUUGUGACACACUGGUCAAUCAUGGUGACGGUUCCCGCCGCGUUUGUUCGCAUAUUGGCCUUACGUCUGUUGAUGAAGACCAGGUUACAUAUGAUUGUAGGAAAGGACGUGGGCGCUGGUAUUUUGGAACUAGGAAUGUAACCAGUAAUGGCAUUCCUUGCCAACGCUGGGACUCACAGGAGCCACACAGUCAUCACCGGCCUCCUAACGUGUUCCCCGAGGUGCAGAAUGCAGAAAAUUACUGCAGAAAUGCAGGUGGGGAAGAACCCUACCCAUGGUGCUACACAACUGACCCCUUAAUUCGAUGGCAACAUUGUAGCAUUCCUCUGUGUGGUGAAGGUACUGAUGCAGAUGGCAGUAUCUUCCUACAAGAUGAAAUUCACGAGAAAUUGUUGCCAAGCCCCUGGAUGAUGAUGAUAGCUGGAGGUGCUGGGUUAGGGGGACUCCUCCUUUUGGCUCUGAGUGCACUGCUCAUUCACAAAUUAGUACAUGCUCGCCAUGGAUACUCAUCCCCCAACAACCAAGAAGCCGAGAUAGAUCUGAGCAAGCUGCCACGCAAUUCUGCCUACCAUCAAACCUGUGCUCAGCUGAAUCCCAAACUGGAGAAGUUGCAGUAUGAUCGCAACAGCAUUAUCUAUAUCAGAGACCUAGGGCAAGGUGCCUUUGGUCGAGUAUUCCAGGGGAAGGCACCAGCAUUAGUGCCUGGAGAAGAAUUAACAAUGGUAGCCGUAAAAGUAUUAAAGGAAGAAGCAUCCGAAGAUAUGCUUGGAGAUUUUGAGCGUGAAGCAUGCAUACUUGCAGAGUUUGAUCAUCCAAAUAUUGUGAGACUGCUUGGGGUGUGUGCUGUGGGACGCCCCAUGUGUCUUCUGUUUGAGUUUAUGGGCCGUGGAGAUCUGAAUGAAUUUCUCAGGACAUGUUCCCCCACCAACUAUAUUGUGCGUUCCUCUAAUGGGGACACCUUUAGUGACACUAAACUUACAUAUAAGGACAUGUUGUGGAUUGCUACACAGAUUGCAGCAGGCAUGGUAUACCUUUCAGAUCGUAAGUUUGUUCAUCGAGAUCUUGCAACUAGAAAUUGUCUUAUUGGUGAAGAUAUGACAGUCAAGAUUGCAGAUUUUGGUCUCUCUCAGAAGAUCUACAUUGCCGAUUACUACCGAGGUGAUGACAGUGAUGCCAUUCCAAUUCGCUGGAUGCCUCUAGAAAGCAUUUUAUAUAAUAAAUAUACAGUAGAAAGUGAUGUAUGGGCCUUCGGGGUUUGUUUAUGGGAAAUAUUUUCUUUUGCAUUACAACCAUAUUAUGGAAUGACUCAUGAGCAGGUUGUGUGUUUUUUGAAGGAAGGAGGCAUUCUUUCAUGCCCAGAUCACUGUCCUCCUGAAGCAUAUGCACUUUUAACUUGGUGCUGGCAACGGCGCCCUCAUGACCGCCCAUCAUUUCCUGUCGUACAUAAAGCAUUGACAGAUCUUUCUGCUGGUCGACCUGUCAUGGUACCUAUUCCACCACCAAGUUCAGCCAUGUCUGGUUCAGCUCCUGCCACUCCCCGCCCAUGUUCUUGUGCUCCAGAGCCUUCUGCUCAGCAUAGUUAAAAUGUAUAUUAAUGAAAUCAAUUUGGUACUAAAUAUUUGAUGUUACCAAAUUUCUAGCAUAAAAAGUUUGUAAUCAGCUACACAUUAUGUUAAAAUAAACUGGAUAAUGUGAUGCUGAUUUAAACAUGGUUUAAAAACAGUGGUUCCUUGACAGGGGACUUUUUAAGAUUUAAAAUAUCUCAGUGCAAUUUUAUUUUUACUAAUCAACUUAAAAAAUCUGUUUAAUCACUUCUAAAAAUUAAAAUUUUACUAUAAAAAAUAAACACAUCUAAAGAUCAGUAAUUUUUCUUACAGUUCUGAACAGUUGUGCUCUUUAUUAACCUUCCAAAAAAUUCAAUAAUACAGUAUACAAAACAUAAUAAUUAUUUAAUAAUAGUUCAAAGAUUUAAAAUAUUGUACAGUACUAGCAUCUAAACAACCAGGCUGAACUUUAAGCCAGCACUUAUAUUUAGCAAUCAAAUGAGUACAUCUAAAACAUUACCUAAUCAUAAAUCAACAAAUAUAUACUGUAUCAAGAUGGAUUCCAUCUGCAAUUUUAUCAAACUAAUUAAUAAAUUUAUACAAACAGAUUUUCACUACUGUGUCAUAUUCAAUGCUUAGUACAUAUAGCCAAGGCAGAAGUUCAUGAGGGAAGUCAAAAUCUUUGCAAGACACUGAGAGAAUAUUCAGCCUAUUACUCUGGGGCCUGCAACAGGAGUGGUUCACUGGUGUGCAUUGCAUUUAUGUUAAAAAUGCCCCUGUUCCUUAAGUGAUAUGACUGUAAAGUUAUAUAGGAUUUGUAACAUGGUAAAAGCUUGUAUUUAUAUUCUAAUAAUGCUUGAAUUAAUGUCCUCAUUGCUUCAGGGUGUUUGUAGCAAUUGGCUGGACAAAUUUUUGUAUGAAUUUUCUGAAGAUAUGUCGAGUUAAGAAUAUUUAUUUGUACAUAAGAACAUAGGCAUAUUAGCCAAGGGCUGUUUUAAAAUGUAAAUUUUUUGUGUCCCACUGGCUCUGAAUAAUUUUUUUUCUAUACACGUACAAACACAGACAGACAGACACACUAUGGGAUGUUAUGAUGUAUUUUAUCAAUCUUGUGGUAGAGUACUGUAUAUAUAUGUUAAAGAAUCAAGAGACCAGAACAAGUAGUGCUAUCUAAUAAAACAUGGAUAAUGAGGCAUGAACAUGAGCAGAGACAUGACAACCACAAACACAAAUUGAACAGUGAAAUAGUAUCCAAGAGGAGGUAGUUUAAAUACUGAAAAUGAGAUGCUAUAAGAUACUUCUGCUAGUUCAUACAAACAUACUAAUAUGUAAUCAUGUCCAUGCAGUGCACUAUUCCCACAGUAUCCUCAAAUUUUCCAAUUCCUGAAUUUUGUUUUAUAUCUUGUUGCCCACAAUAUAUGAACCAGGCCCAUGCAUCUGCCACCAGUAUAUGCUAGUGGCUGAUUCAUGCACUUUACAAGUAGCCCACACUUAGAUUUAAGAGUUUAGAUGAUAUUUGUUUCAGUUUAAAUAACUUAAUUUCUUUUGUAAGUUUUUCCUCUAUUCUGACCUCCAGUGUCAUUCUGUAUGCUUUUUCUUACUCUUAUCACCUUGCUCAUGCACCUCUUCACUUUUAGCUUCUUUACAUACCUUUAAAUUUCUCCAACUUCUUGAGCUUUUCUUUUGAAUUUUCAACUAUCACAUAGCUUUCACAAUGCCCAUCUCAUAAGAGAUUAUUUGCCUUUGAGGAUUACACGCCUGUUGGCCCUUUCAGUGGCCAUCACGUAGAACAACAUAAUUGAGGCCAGGGUUCCUCGUGUAGUUCUACGUCAUGAGCUCAACUCAGAUAAGCUGUGAGCGAUAAAUUUUGGCCAAAAUGUGAGAGAAUGGGUCUGUGCGGUAAGUGUGCACAUGUCUUUCUUCACUACUGUCAGCAAUAUGCCAUUUGGAUGCAACUUGUCCCCUUUUUCAUACAUCUGCCAUAUUGUAUACACCAUUCCUUUUUCUGCCAUUUCUAAAAAUCUGCAAAUACAACAAAUAGCUUCUCUUCCUUAUAUAAAAAAGCUAUUCACUUAUAUGUCUCAAUGAACUUUUAAGAUUCAAACAUUCCAUUUCCUUUUUGAGGCUACUGAGGCCUGGUCACAGACUGGGCUGGAGGGGGGCAUUGACCCCCAAAACUCUCUCUAGGUAUACUUAUUUUUUUCCAAGCACUAUUUUUUCUUUCUUCUCUCUCAUCAUUUCUGCCACACAUUUUGCCUGGUAAUGUAUACUCAGAUUUAUUAUUACAGUAUAUUAAUGGGAAGUGCUAUACGUAAGCAUCACACAGUUCUUGGGGAAUGAGAGGAAAGAUUUUAUUUAAGGAAGGAAAGGAUACCUCCAUUAUCCUCAGACUUAUUUACGUAUAAUUUUUAAACACUUUUUUCUACUUUACCUUUAUACACAACUAUGUAUGCUCUGCCAAGCCUUGAGCACUUUCCUGUCUUCCUCACACAUUAAACAGUUGCACCAUCCAUUCAAACAUUAAAUUCCCAACUUUCUUCCAAUAUUUCAGUUUUAAUCCCAUCCAUCCUUAUUAUGUGACACACUUAUGAGUUGCUUACUGCAGCACUCAUUCCAUCCUUCUAACUGUUCUCAAAUUAUAAUCCACUUUCUCCUCUCAAGUGCUAAACUUCUACCUACAUUUCAUCAUCUACAUUCAAAUAAUUUUUCCUGUAUCCUUAUCCUGCAUCUCACUACCUUUAUUCUUUACAGACCACUACACUGCUCACUAAGUUUUCUUAUUCCUUGCUUUCAGUAAAAUAUUGCUUACAGUAAAACAUUACUUUCAGGGGUUGUUGAGGUGGUUCGGACAUGUUGAGAGAAUGAAACAAAUUAGAAUGACCUUGAGUGUAUAAAUCUAUAGUGAAGGGAAGGCAGAGUAGAAGUCAGCCUAGGAAAGGUUGGAGGGAGGGGGUAAAGGAGGUUUUGUGUGCGAGGGGCUUGGACUUCCACCAACCAUGCUUGAGUGUGUUAAAUAGGAGCGAGUGGAGACAAAUGGUAUUUAGGACUUGACGUGCUGUUGAAGUGUGAGGAGAGUAAUAUUUAUGAAGGAAUUCAGGGAAACUGGCAGGAUGAAGUUGAGUCCUGGAGAUGGGAAGUACAGUGCCUGCACUCUGAAGAAGGGGUGUUAAUGUUAUAACUGUAGUGUAAGCAUGCCUCUGGCAAGACAGUGAUGGAGUGAAUGAUGGUGAAAGUUUUUUUUUCGGGCCUUGGUGGGAGAUGGCCAAUGUGUUAAAAAAAUAAAAAAAUUUAUGAAGCACUGUGGGAUUUGAAUGAGGGCUUCCAGCACCUAAAUCCCUUUGUGCUACCACUUGUGUCGCAGAGGUACACAUGCCAGGGUCAGGUUGAUUACUGAAUAUACCAGGUUAUGAUGAGCUUAAAUUGGUUCUCCAAAUAACUUUUUACUUAGCCCUGUCACUCAGGUGCCUAUUAACAUGGUCCCUAACACCAGUUGCUCAGGUGUCUAACACAAUCCACUGGUUGGUCCUUAACACUUGUGACUCAGGUACCUGAUAACACAAUUAAUGAUUGGUCACUAAUGCCUGUCACUCAGGUGCAUGAUAAUCCCUUGGUUGAUUCCUAAUACCUGACACUCAAGUGUCCAAUAACAAAAUCCACAAGAUGAUCUCUAAAGCAUCACUCACAAGUCCGAUAAUACAAUCCACUGGUCGAUCCCUAAUGCCUGUCACUCAGGUGCCUGAUAACAGUCCACUGAUCAGUCCCUAACAUUCAUGGACACAAUCCAAAAUUUCACAGUAACGUAAAUUUACCAAUCGAAAUAUUUAUCACGGAUAACUGUGAAACUUGAACCAAGGUCUCCAAUAUGAGAGUCCCUCACAUUACAACUUGUGCCAUGAAUAAGAAAAUAUAUUGUACUCUAUUUGACUAUAAUGCUUAAGAAGUGUAUGUUCUAAAGUCAUAUGUGCAAUUUAAAGUGGUACUCCAUAAAAGUAUUCCACUAACAUUUCUCUAUACAAGUCCAAAGCACAAUUACAGUGGACCCUCAGUGAUCAGCCGUUCCGCUUAUCAGCCAACUCGGUUAUCGGCUGGUUUUUUGGCUUCCGGUUAUUGUCCGUCAUUUCGCUUAUCGACUGUAUGGGACACGUCAACCCGCCUGCCCGCCAACUGCUCGCGCAUUUGUAAGUCAAUCUGUGUCUCUGGGCAAGUGAGGACACUUCUGCUUGUUCAUCCAAGCAUCAAGGAAGCUCAUGUUGUGAAAGGGAGCUUAGCAGGGAGUGUAUCAGACAGGCAGAGAGUGUAGCAGGCAGGCAGGACCCAAAUGGAAAUAAGUCACUAUCCGACUUUUUUGGGGUUAUCCUAGGUUCUUUACACAUAUGCUGUAGAAGGGAGGCAGGGAGUGUAGCAGGGAAACGGAGUGUGGAAAGGAGACAAGGAGUGUAGCAGGCAGGCAGGUAGUGUAGCAGGCAGUCAGGGAAUGUAACAGGCAGGCAGGGAGUGUAGCAAGCAGGCAGGGAGUGUAGCAAGCAGGCAUUGAAUGUAGCAGGCAGGCAGGGAGUGUAGCAUGGAGGUAGUGUAGCAGGGAAGGAGUGUAGCAGGCAGGCAGGGAGUGUAGCAUGGAGGGAGGGAGUGUAGCAGGGAGGGAGGGAGUAUAGCAGGGAGGGAGGGAGUGUAGCAGACAGGCAGGGAAUGUAGUAGGGAGGCAGGGAGUGUAGUAGGGAGGCAGAGUGUAGCAUGGAGGGAGCGAGUAUAGCAGGGGAGGGAGGGAGUGUAGCAGACAGGCAAGGAGUGUAGCAUGGAGGGAGGGAGUGUAGUAGACAGGCAGGGAGUGUAGCAGGCAGGCAGGCAGGCAGGGAGUGUAGCAUGGAGGCAGGGAGUAUAGCAGGGAGGGAGGGAAGUCCUUAUGGAUAGGGAUUCCCCUUCCAAACAAUAAUCAGUCCUCCCUCUUUCCUCCUCCCUGUCUUCCAUUAGCCUACAAGAGUCUUCAAUAAAGUUAUGUAAUAGUUAUUUAAAUGUUCAUUUAUUUAUUUUAUUUAGUUCUCAUUGUUUUGUGUAUGUAAAACUAUAAUUAAUCUUUAAAAAAUGCAUUUUUGUUAAUAUUUUUGGGUGUCUGGAAUGGAUUAAUUGUAUUUAAAUUAAUUCUUAUGGGAAAUAUUUCGGUUUUAGGCUGACCUUCUGGAACGGAUUAUGGCCGAUAACCGAGGGUCCACUGUAAUAAACUAAUAAUAAAAUAACUUAUAAUAAAUAUAAUUAUUAAUAUUAUUGUUAUUAGAUCAACAAAAUAUUUAAUGUACAGGAAUAUGCCAAGUUUAACUAUAUUACUGGUACAGGUACUAUACUUACAAGUGUGUUAAACCCGUGUGGAUUAUUCGUCACUAAUGAAUUAACUAAUACGUUAUUUAUUUAUUUCAAACAAAUAUUUAGGAACACAAGCACUUUUGUACAAUAAUUUUAAUAUUUGGAUUUUUUUGUAGAAUGCACAUGUGGACUUUUACAUGUAUAAUAUAAAAAAUGCAGACAGAAAAGGAACUGCUUAAUAUCUGACUUAUUUUCCUCUAGGUGGUAAAUACAAAAAAAAAUUACUGUGACUAUUGUACCUUGUACAGUUUUUUUAUUCUAAGACUAGGAGGCCCUGCAUAUACAUCAACUAUUUUCGGUAUUUCAUGUUUUUGUUCAUUAUCUCUGGUGUUUUUACCACUGUGCUGCCAUUAUUGCCAUUUUCGUACAACAGUUGCGUAAGGGAAGGACGACCGGCGCCGUAUUUAGAGUUGUAUGAAUGGACGUAUUUGAGAGUGUAAUAAAACAAAAACACAGUUUUUAUGUUUUCAACCUCCUUAAAGCAGCACAUAAUUAUCACAUUCGUGGGGAAGUGGUAAGCCCAAAAGGGCUAUACAGUGCCUGUAAGUGGCAAAAAUCACAAAUAUACAGUAGCCAGAUUACCAUAUAUUAACAAUGACAAAGAAACACUGUUAACUUCAGAAAAGCACUGGUUGUAUAUUAAACUAGGUUAACAUUUUACCUAUUGAAAUCACAUUAAAUUAAAAUUUUUAUAUCUAGUUACCCCCUCCCUCCCUCCCUGUUUCCACUUAAUGUGCAGUAGAUACUGUAUAUACAAAUAUUUUUAUGCAGUUUUACUUAUAAAAUACCAGUAAAUUGUUUUCAGAACUGUACUGUACAUUAUUAUUACUCUACAUCAGCAUAUUUUAUUUUAGACUCAGUCUUACAAAAUUAAGUCGCACAAGGACGAUUUGAAAUGACAAAGCAAAUAUGCAAAUCAUUAACAGGAUAUAUUUGGGAAAGUAUUUUUUAUAUUAUUUGUGGUAUUUAAAAAAUGUAGCUACUCUACCUUAAAUUCAUAUUUUAAAUAAACUCCAGUAUUAUGGCCCAGGCAUAAAUCACCACAUCAGUAUUAUGGUCCAGGCAUAAAAUGAAAUUAUGCAACUGGAAAUUCUGGUAGUUUUUAUUUAUAAUUAAAUAUACUGUAAAUGAAUGAUGUUAAUUAUUUUGCUAGUAUAUUUAUUCAUAAUCACAUAUCCAUACAAUGAGCCAAUUUUAUUGCUGGUAGGUUUAAAUUCAAAUUUUAUUUAGAUUAUUCACUGUACUCGUAAAGUGAACAUUUUACAGGGAAUGAAUUUAUUUUAGCAUGUCCAGAAGGUGAAUAUAGGCAGCUCUGGCUAAGCAAGUACAGUAGUAUUGCUGCCAACACUAUUUUAUAUAAAAAUGCCCACACCAGUGUGAAUGGACUGUGAAUAUGUGAAGUUUCCCUACAGCUGGUAACAAUCAUUGGUUUGCUGAGCAAGUACGUACUCUAAUUCUGUGAUGAAAUGUGUAGCGUUUCUGAUAUCAAGUGAGUUCAUUAUUGCAUACAACACUUUGGUGCUUCCCAGAGCUGGCUUGUGGGAUGUAUCAGUGACAUGUCACAUGUAUGCUGCCUGUCUCUCAUAUAUUACAAAUAUAUCAGUGACAUGUCAUGCAUGUGCUGUCUACCAGUGACAUGUCAUGGUAUGCUAUCUAUCUGUGCCAUCAGUACAUGUACCAGACAUUGCUGCAUUAUAGUUCCAUUUAAGAAUUAAUGGUACAGCUGUUUUUAGUGUAGAACAUUUUUAUAUUUGUUUUUGCUAUGACCAGCUUGUAAAGCAUGAUGUCAUUUUUGUUCAAUAUCUGUAUUAACUUGUCUUUGUACAAAAGUUGUUUAAUGGAAUUAUUUAUAAAGUUAUGAUAAAUCUAGUUUGAAAGGCACCAGUUGAAUUCAAUGUGUGUUUGAAGACUUAGUUUGGUAUGAACUUUAGAAACUGAAGGACCAUCCCAGUGAACUCGCAAUGUCUGCACUGCAUUUUUUAAACAUUUCUCUCGUUAGAAUUACGGUACUGUAUAUAGUCAUGACUUAGGCAGCAUUUAAAUAGUGAAGUGCAGACAGUGUUCAAAUAGAUCUCAUUUGGAAUUAAAUAAGUUUCCCUGAUCACAUGUACAAAACUACCGAUCAGAGCCAAAUCAUAUUUUUAUAUGCAUAUUUAUUUAUUGUGUAAAUUCUUUACAUGUUUUUAAUAUUGCACUACUGUCACAAAACUGAUGUCCCCUUUGGAUGUUAUAUGACCUGAGUUUGAAUAAGGUGUUUCACAUAUAUCCUGUCAGUAUUUUAUCAUUCAUAACGUGAAUUCUUGAUAAUGAAACGAGUUACAAUGAGAUAAAAUUAGUUUUUUAAGUGUCAGUUGUAGAUUUAAAACUCAAUAAAAGUAAAAAUCCAGAUUUAAGUUACAUGAAUUACUUGGGUAGUGUGCUUAAAUACAGCCAUUAUAACAUGUAAAAUUUUUUUAUCAUAAAUUAAGAGUCUGGAACUAUGUAUAUUUUGCUGUAUAUAUUAUAAAAACUUUAGUGUAUCAAUUAAAAAAUUAUAUGUGAACUAUUGAAAUGAUAAUCUGUCCAUGAAUGUCAGCACUGCAAAUUAAAAGUAUGGUGUUUAUUUAUGCAGCCUGGACAGGCAGCACUAAUGAGGGACAAGCAGGAAGAUUCUCUCAAGGUUAUUUUUACCAGGAAAACCCACAACCUUAGACACUCAAUAAACCCUAGCUAAUUUAUGACGUGUAUUUUCAACUUCUCCAUGAGGAAGUGGAGAAGAAUCUUUACUUUUCAAGCCAUGCAUGUUGUAAGAGGAGACUUGUAUACCAGGAACAAGGGGCUAGUAACCCCCUUCUCCUGUAUAAAUUACUAAAUAUAAAAAGAAAAACUGUUUUUUCUUUUUUGGAACGCCCUGCCUUGGUGGGAGAGGGCCAGUGUGUCGAAAAGAAAAAAAAAAUUCUUGACAUACGUAUUUUGGCAUGGGGAGGCAUUAAACUCAAAGUUCAUACAGCACCUGAGGAAUGGGAGAUAAUCAGCUUUGAUCCAGGGAAAAGUAGGGUAGUUCAAAUUACUUCAGUCAAGAAUCACUAUCAUCAUGGUAACCCCUUUGAAGGACAAGGGCUAGCUCUGCAUCCUACGCAUUAUGCCAUAUGUAGAAUCUGGUUAUAAGAAUACAGUGGAUCCUCGCUUUACGAUCACCUCCCAAUGCGACCAAUUAUUUAAGUGUAUUUAUGUAAGUGCGUUUGUACGUGUAUGUUUGGGGUCUGAAAUGGACUAAUCUAAUUCACAAUAUUCCUUAUGGGAACAAAUUCGUUCAGUACUGGCACCUGAACAUACUUCUGGAAUGAAAUAAUAUCGUAAACCGGGGGUCCACUGUACUUACUCAUAAAGUAAUCAGGAUUUAUUGAGUCUACCAGUAGGUUACAUGCUCUCCCAAGAACUGAUAACCUAGAAUGAGACAUCCUGCUGCUCUUUCACUGGGUACAGCCAAGACUGCCUAAACUACCAUGCCCUUCACAUCCCACAGUGUUCCAUUUUAAACCAUUUCCAAACAAACUGCAUUCAAGAUAUAACAAGUCCCAUGGUCAUUAUCUUUCAGUGUAUGAAGUGUCUUCCUAUAGUAUUUUUACAUUUAUGGUAUGCACAAACAUAGCAAAUAAAAAUGUACAAGAAUGAGAAUAUAACAAGAAAAUGGCUGUAUUUCCAAUCAAUAAUUCCCUUAUAUCCAUUGAGAAUUCACCAAUGAAGCUCUAUAUCUACUAAAUAUUUCAUGAAUGGGAAUGAAAUUGUAAACAUUUGUGCAAGUCCACACACUAUACCUUUUUUACAGUCUUUAUAAGGCUUAGUUCUGUAACAUUCCAACACUCAGCAAUACAGUACUUUAAUUUAAA